CUGCAGAGAGAAGAGAAGCACGGCGGCGGGAGGAGAAGCUUCUAGAGGCAGCCAGAGAGGGGGACGUGUGCACUUUAUCCAAGCUGCUCAGUGGAGAGGAAGCUCCAAAUAUUCAGUGCAGGGAUGCGUUGGGGAACACACCCUUACACUGUGCAGCCUACAGAGGGCAGAAGCAGUGCAUUAUAAAGCUGCUGAAGUCUGGAGCCAGCCCCAGUCUGAAAAACAACAAUGACAGCACUUGACUUGGCUCGUACUGAUGAACUAAGACAGAUUCUAGCUGCCUAUCUAUCAAAGGAUGUGAGCAAUGGAGUCCAGAAGAUUGAAGGCCCUCUUUGGAAGAGUUCACGCUUUCUUGGAUGGCGAUCCCACUGGGUGGUAAUUGAAGAUGGAAGUAUAUCCUGGUACCCCCGACAGGGUGAUGCCAUGGCAGGUGUCAGGAAACAGGGGUGCAAGUCUCUGUCCCAAGCUUAUUGCAUGGUCAAACCUUGGGAUCAUUGCUUCUUCAUGCUCAGGUGCUUUGAUGAAACUGUCCUUUAUUUUAAGGUCCCUUCAAAGACAAAUUCAAUUGCAACAAGAAAAAAAUGGAUGGAUGCCGUCGAGGCACAUUCAUCCUACAGCAUUCGCCACUGCAUCCAGGAGCAGAUUAGUGAUGACGGUAAUAGUAACAUGGCACUGGGGAACCUGUCACAAGCUCUUCAGACAGCCAAUAUGUGCCAGGAGAAAUUGGAGAGUGAGGUGUCAAUAUUUUUAUCUUUGGUGAAGAAUGAAGAGAAUAGUGCACUGGCUGCCCCUAUUCUACUUAAAGCCAAAGAGACCAGUGAGCUCUCCAAAGAAACAUGCUCCGCCCUCCGUCUAUGCUUCGAACUGCUGUCAAAACAAGAGGAGGUAUGGUAAUAACAUCAUCACGUUACUCAAUAUCUUAAUCAUGUAUACAUCAGCGUAAACAAAAUCAAAAUACAGCCUACAAGUACCCUUACGUUAAUGC